GGGUCCGGGCCGGCCGGUUUCACAAGUUUGACAGUUUGGGCGAGGGCAGCAGCGCGGGGCCGGCAGUGUCGCCGCCAUGUCCCGGGCGCCCGAGGAGGUGAGCCGCCUCACCGAGAGCACCUACAAGAAUGUUAUGGAACAGUUCAAUCCGGGGCUAAGGAACUUAAUAAACCUGGGGAAAAAUUAUGAAAAAGCUGUCAAUGCUAUGAUACUUGCUGGAAGAGCAUAUUAUGAUGGCCUUGCAAAGAUUGGAGAUAUAGCAACUGAAUCUCCUGUUUCUAAAGAAUUAGGGCAAGUUCUUGUAGAGAUCUCAAGCGCGCACAAGAAACUGAAUGACAGUCUAGAUGAAAGUUUCAAAAAAUUUCAUAAAGAAAUUAUUACUGAACUAGAGAAGAAAACAGAGCUGGAUGUAAAAUAUAUGAAUGCAACUUUAAAGAGAUACCAGACAGAACACAAAAGCAGGUUAGAUUCACUGGAGAAGUCGCAGGCUGAGCUGAAAAAAAUCAAAAGGAAAAGUCAAGGUGGAAGGAAUGCAAUGAAAUAUGAAUAUAAAGAAAUUGAGUAUUUGGAAACAGUCACUUCUCGACAGAGUGAUAUUCAAAGAUUUAUUGCUGAAGGUUGCAGAGAAGCUCUCCUUGAAGAAAAAAGAAGAUUCUGCUUUUUGGUUGACAAGCACUGCAGUUUUACUCAGCACAUGAACUAUUAUCAUAUACAGUGUACAGAUUUACUUAACUCCAAGUUGCCUGUGUGGCAGGAAACCUGUAGUGAUGCCACAAAAGUGCCAGAGAAAGUUAUCAGUAUGAUAGAAGAGAUAAAGACACCUGGUUCCACUCCAAUAUCAGGAACUCCCCAACCUUCACCAAUGAUAGAAAGAAAUACUGUGAUUGGAAAAAAUUAUUAUCCUCUUCAUGAAAAUGCAGCAAAAGUGCCUCCUGCUCCCACAAGUAGAGCAUAUAUCAGUCCUUUAGUUGAUAUGUUUAACAAUCCAGCAGCCGUUCAAAAGGCACCUUCAGAAAGACUAAAUAAUUCAACAGAUAAUUCAGAUGAUGCUAAUUUAUGCCGUUCAACCUCGGUUGCCACAGGGCUGAAUAUAAUGAAAAGACCAAAAGUAAAAACAAUCUUUCCACAUACGGCUGGAAGCAACAAGACCUUACUUAGCUUUGCACAAGGAGACAUCAUCACACUUCUUGUAGCUGAAGAAAAGGAUGGCUGGCUUUAUGGGGAACAUGACUUGACUAAAGUAAAAGGUUGGUUUCCAUCAUCGUACACAAAACCACUGGAAGAACCAGCUGAAAACAGACUAGCUGCGCCAGUGCCAAGCCCUGUACCAAUCAGAAGUAUCAGUUCUGUAAAUCUAGCAGACAAAGGUGGUGUUGUCCUCCCCCCACCAGACUAUCUAGGACCCUUGAAAAUAGGUGCAGUUUCAGAAAAGAGACUGGAUUCUUCCAAGGAUACAAUUGUGAAAGUACCAGUAGAAAGACCAGACAGCACAACUCCUAAACCUGACAUAAAUGGCAUUACAAAACCACCUUUCCUAAGUGGAGAAAAUCCUUUUGCCACAGUGAAACUCCGACCAACAGUAACAAAUGACAGAUCAGCACCAAUAAUUCGAUGAAUGUAACAUUUAAAUAUUUUUACUCUUUCUAAACAGCAUUUUUGGCAAUAUGAUUUAUAAAGGCUAUCUGAAGUUGCUUUUAAACUUUAUUUAAAUGUAAUUACUGUAAAGUAGGAAAAUAUUGGAAUAGAUUUCUGAUUUUAAAAAUUCACUUGCUUCCUAAAUGCUCUGGGUUAAUGUGUGUGAGAAUUUUCGCUUGAUUUUACAGUAUGCCCUCAUCAGAGAGAGAAUUGUGAAAUAUAGGGGAAAGUGACUAUUGUAGUUAACAGCAUAAUUUAUCAUUUAUAUUAUUUCCCCAUGAACUGUUACCUUGGAUAAGUUCUAGUAUUUAAGUUUCCAUAUAAUAUUUACUGACUAGACAAAAGAAAAAAAAUGAUUUUUUUUAAUAGGAAAGAAUAAUACAAUAACUGCCUUAAUACUGAAAAAUGUUUGCUUGUAUAAAAUGAUUAUGUAUUUCAUUAUUUUGUUUAAUAUAAAGAUGUUCUAGGUUAUAAAUAAAUAAAUAAAUAUUUAUCCUGUAAAUGA